AUGAGCGGAGCCACAGUCACCAGAUUAGUUAUUACGGCGCCCUCGGCGUGCCAAAGCCAAGUCUUGACGUGGGACAAAAUUGCACAACAGCUUAGGGGCGGACAAACCCAAAUCAUAUUUGCAUCAACCAAAUCCUUCGUCGACACUGCACCGCAGCUCCGUGGCAGCCUUGAGAAACAGUUGAACAUCCCACGAUAUUUCUUCGAUCGGCUGUACCUUCAGUCAAACGGCUUCGCUGGCCAUCAUGUUCGACUUGACUGUGAUGGAAAAGUGGAGGGCUACACGCACUGGUCUCGCUUUAUUGUCAAGCAGACUUACAACAUACUUCUGCCAAAGCGGACAUUUACACCUCAUCUGUCAAACUACCAGUUAGGACACAACAGUCCCAUUGACGCUGUUGCUGUUCACGGACCGCAGAGCAUGCAGUUUGGAUGGGAGUGGUUCGAAAUGGGAUUCUUCUUGUCUUGGAAGUCGUCAGGGCCAUUGACGUUGAUAUGUUUUGACCUGCCCCCCCAGUCACAGUCAAGCAUCCAGAAAGUGCUAGAAUCAAGGACUGUGAAUCUUACAAGUCCGCACUCUUUAUUGGUGUUCGUAGCAGAUGAGUUACUGCAGCUGUACGACGACUCGGUGUGGUCCAUCAGGAAUCACAUCAGCCAGGGGGAAGCGGUGAGUCAGGUCAUCUGA